AUGGGCACAAAGAACCGCCUUUACCCCCAUCCAACCUGCAUAACUACAUGGGAGGACAACCUAAAGAAAUGGCCAGAAAUUCGUGCCCCACAGAUAGUUUACUAUCUUCUCAAGACCAAGGCCUGCGACUUGGAGGAGGUCAAGGCGUACAAGAGCCUCGACUCGUACAACUACGUGCAAAGCGGCUGGGUCGGAGCAUUGCUGGUGCAUGAGAUUGACCCGUGCACACUUCUACUGAAAGGAACUGUUCAAGGUUCACAGUCUGUGAACAGGCCCAAUGACGCAUGGAUUUGCGCGAAGAAAGACGGUGAGGUGAUCACUGGUGGGUGCACAUGCAUGGCCGGCAAGGCAAGAGUUUGCAGCCACGUCGGGGCUGUCUUGUGGAAAGUGGACUGUGCGGCAAGUGCUGGUUUUACUGGGCAGGCAUGCACCGAUGCCGCAAUGAACUGGAAUCGGGGGACCAAGAAGAAUGUUAUGCCAGCACCCCUGCACAACAUCAGCUUCCGGCUCCAGAAAGGAACUGCCAGGGCAGUAGAAAGAAGAGGGACUGAAGUUACGGAACCGAAGCAGGUCCAUUCCCUUCGGGACGACCAGGAGCUCCAGCAGUUUCAUGCAGCAGCUCCGUUCAAGAGCCUAUUCUGCAUACCAGGAACGCUUUUGCAUAAGACCAUCACAGCCUCUAGGCAGCCCCAGGCUCAACCAGUUGCCAAGGUGCCCGACCAGGCCCCAAGCCACCGAGACCAUGAUAGGGCAGAGACCCUUCCAGAAUCGUGCCCAGCAUGCAACUUAUUUUAUAGGGACUUUGUUGUACUAACUAGUACUGCAGCUGUGCAACUUGAAACUGGAACACGGGGCACUACAAAUGCCUUGUGGAAAGAUUCACGGAAGUUGCGCAUCACAGCAUCCAACGUUAAGUGCGUACCAAAGAUGAUAAAAACAUCUCACGAGAAGGCCGUUCUAACCCUGACAGGCAGUUCAUUCCAUGGAAAUGCUGCCACUAGACAUGGACACAUGUAUGAACCUGUAGCGCGGCAGGCGUUCAUUGUAAAGACAGGGUUCACAGUUUCCCUCUGUGGAACUGUAGUUUGCAGUGAGGAGCCCUGGCUCUCUGCUACUCCUGAUGGCAUCAUCGAAAGUCAAAAUGCCAUUCUGGAGAUAAAGUGUCCAGAGGUGCAAGACUGCAGGGCAAUGAUUGCCACUAAUAAGAGGUAUGAUUUCCAGAGAAGAGAUGACACAUACACACUAAAAAAGACUGGAAGUAACGGCUUUUAUAGCCAAGUACAGUACACAAUGCUGUGCACAGGGAAGCAGCUCUGUUUUUUGUAUGUGUGGUCAAAGAACAGUGAUGUGUUGUUAGAGAUUUCUUUCGAUGGCAGCUUCAUUGCUGAAAACACACCUCGGCUGAGCCGGUUUUAUUUUUCUUCGAUUUUGCCGCACCUUGAAAAGAUGCAAAGGGGGGGCAAACUGAACAUGUGCCUUGAAUACAGGCGACUGGCCCUCAUGUAAUCAAACUUUUUCCAAAAAGUGACAAGAACAAAAGGUGAAAUAAAUGAAGCAGCAGGUGGAGC